CAAUGCAAUGAAUGUUCUAAGAAGCAGAGCAAAUAAAUAAAUUACACGAGAAGAGAAGAGAAGGCAAGGAAGAGAGAUGGAGACGCUGUGUCAUUGUUCAAAGUUUCUUCUUCCGCCGGAGGAAUCCACCGCCGCCGCCGCUUCUUCUUCUUCUUCUCUUUCUCCGACCACCACCACCACAUACGCUCUCGUUAUUCUCAAUCAACGACUCCCCAGAUUCGCUCCUCUGCUUUGGGAACACGCGAAGCUACGAGUGUGUGCCGAUGGAGGUGCCAACCGGGUGUUUGAUGAAAUGCCUCUUUUCUUCCCUCAUCAACAACCUUCCUUUGUUCGCUCCAGGUACAAGCCUGACCUAAUAAAAGGUGACAUGGAUUCAAUCAGGAGAGAAGUACUUGAUUACUAUGCAACGCUGGGAACUAAGAUAAUUGAUGAGUCUCAGGAUCAGGACACUACAGAUUUACACAAAUGUGUAGCAUACAUACGUGACUUUACACCAAUUGUUGAUAAAUCAUCACAGCUAUGUAUUCUUGUUGCUGGAGCACUUGGCGGGAGAUUUGACCACGAGAUUGGAAAUAUUAAUGUGCUGUGCCGAUUCUCCAACACACGAAUUAUCCUUCUAUCUGAUGAUUGCCUCAUUCACCUUCUUCCUAAGAAUCAUUCUCACAAGAUCUUUAUUCAAUCUUCGGUUGAGGGUCCGCAUUGUGGACUCGUUCCCAUUGGAAUGCCAUCUGGAAGUACUACUACGACUGGACUGCGAUGGGACCUGAAUAACACGGAGAUGAGAUUUGGAGGUCUAGUAAGCACAUCAAAUAUUGUCAAAGAAGAUAUAGUAACAGUACAGUCUGAUACUGAUCUUCUGUGGACUGUUUCUAUCAAGAAGCUCUAGGUUCUACAUGUUGCAUGCUGCACUGAUUUCUCAGAUCUGCAUUAUUAUCUUUACACACGGGGGCCUAUUCCAUUUAAAGCCCAGAUCUUCUGUACGAUUCAUUCUUUUCAUCUACUGUGUGAGUUAUGGUAGGGUAGAGGGGAAUUAUUCAUUGAUGUGGGAAGUUCUAUUCCUGAAAAUUAAUAAGCAAUGGAAGUUCAUUUUUCAAAGAA